ACUUGAAUAUCUUUUUGUUUUUGGCAAUGGAUAUCUCAUCUCAUCAACAUCUGGAUCCAAAGAUGUUCUGUUAUCCAGAAUCAAAUGCCUCCUGCACCAGAGAAAUCUUCAGUGAAGGAGUUCAAAUUGCUUCAUACUUUGUGUUUGUUUCUGUUAUGCUGGUCACUAUUCUAGGGAACGGUGUGGUCAUUAUCUCCAUUGCUCACAUAAAACUGCUCCACACGCCAACUAACAUGCUUAUAAUGUCUUUGGCAGUUGCAGACCUGCUAGUUGGAGUAACUGUGAUGCCUUUUAGUACAAUUAAGGCUGUGGAGGGCUGCUGGUACUUUGGAGAUGCUUUUUGUUUGCUGCAUUCUGAUAUGUUCCUCACAUCUGUUUCAAUUUUCCACCUGGUAUUCAUAGCCAUAGAUCGAUAUGUGUCUGUGUGCAGUCCACUUCGCUAUUCCACAAAGAUUACAAUACCAAUUGCAUGGCUCAUGGUUUUUGCCAGUUGGGCAGUUGCUGCAUUGUACUCCUAUGGCCUACUAUAUUCAAAAGCAAAUGUGAAAGGACUGGAUGAAUUCAUUGCAUCCAUAUACUGCCUGGGAAGUUGUAAUCUUUUCCUUAAUGCUCUGUGGGGCGCCCUAGACACAUUGAUAGCCUUUUUCUUUCCGUGCUCUGUAAUGGUGGGUUUGUAUACCAAAAUAUUUUUGGUGGCAAAAGAACAUCUAAGGAAGAUUGAAGACAGCCAAAAUAAUUCCAAUGAGGGAGGUAGAGGUGUGGUGUCUAAACGGUCAGAGCGGAAAGCAGCUAAAACUUUAGGCAUUGUGGUGGGUGUUUUCAUCUUUUGCUGGCUGCCUUUCUUUGUUAAUUCCAUAGUUGAUCCAUACACAAACUUUAGCACACCACCUAUUCUCUUUGAAGUGUUUAUCUGGCUGGGUUACUUUAAUUCUACUGCAAAUCCAAUCAUCUAUGCACUGUUUUAUCCAUGGUUUCGAAAAUGUCUUAAUCUUAUUGUCACAUUGAAAAUAUUCAAUAGAAAUUCUUCCUAUAUAAAUGUAUUUGCUACUACAUGAUCUAUUGUAAAGCUACAUCAGUAUACUAUUCAACUAUGUUUGAACAGUAUGUAACUAACUUCAUGCAAAAACAUUUAAAUGUUUCAUAAUAGCCCUUUUUUGGGCAGAGGAUGAAUU